AUGCAGCCUGUGGGCCCGCUCGAUAAUGGGGGGGAUGGAAACGCGUCCCGCCCCAGGACCUCCAUCAGCCAGGUCUGCAGAAAAGCAGCGAUGUCCCCUUGCUCUGUCUUCUCGGAUAUACAGGAGUUCUACGAGGUGACAAUCCUGCAGGACACUCAAUGUUCUGAGAAACUUCCAGCUCCAGCAGAACAAUCACCAGUAAGUCCUUCGAGUCCCCCUGCCUCUGGAGAACCAUCCAAACCUAGCAAGACCAAGUCUAUCAAAUCCACCUCCCUACCUAACCAAGAUGGAGUGCCUACAAAAGCAUCAUCUUCUCCUACAAGACAGCCCAGCAUACCACAGUCUCACCCCGCCAAAGUAAAGUACCGUGCUCCUCCUCCACCAGUCCAACCAGAAAGCUCUAAGUCUGCAGAGCUGGUUAUUUCCAAACCCUCUUCACCCUCUGCUGCCUCGCCUUCCAGUGUUACUGUCAGCAGUGUGGAAACUCCCAAUGUUCCCACUAAACCAUCUCAAAAUGGAACCAACUCGCAUGCCACUGACGCAAAGUCACAGAGUACAACAAACCCAAAAAACCCAGCUGCCUCUAAAGACCUGAAUCUGGUGACUGUCUCUGCGCUCAUCUCCAGCACCAUCCAGGGUCUUGUGUCACCAACCACUCCAGAUAAAGCUACUCCUACUAGCAUCACUCCAACCAUCAGUCCCAGUCUAAAUACAGGCUCGGGAGCUGGUGUUUUUGCAGCUGCUUCCAUCAGUAAAGAUCCAGGAACGAGCGUCAUCAAUGCAAGUAAAAGUCCAACGAGCCCCAGUCAUGGAAAAUUCUCAUUCGAGAGCAAAAGUCCAACAAGUCCUUCAGCAAAGCAAAGCAAAGGACUUCCUCUUAGUCCAACCAGCCCUGGGCGGGGAAAGGCUACCAGUGAUAGCCCCGGCUACGGACCAACCCGCUCCAAGUCGCCCGCAGCCCCACUGGCCACAAACAGGGUAGGCCAAUUCUUCAUUCUGUGUCUGUGCUGAAGGAAACGUGGAGAAAGUAACUCACCGAUGAAGCUUGAAGAGCGAGCUUAGAGAGUUUAAUUGUGAUUUGCUUCCAGAAAAACAAAACAUUCACCUCUUUUGUCAGAGUUCUCUUUUUUGUUUCAUUCCUUUGCAAAAUGCUGGCUGUUUUUACACAAUUGCAUUUUCAUGGCUUGCAUUACAUUAUGUAACAUGGCAAGUG